AUGUGAAGUAGCAAAACUUGAAUUCACAAAUGUAGGGAGAGAGAGAGAGAGAGAGAGAGAGAACCACUUCUUGAUUGUUUGCAUCACAAUUCACAACAAUUCAACCCAUGAAGAGAAUCAAUAGAUAAUCUCAUCACCCUCAUCAUCAUCAGAAUUGAUGGACUCAAUUUCUUGUCUCAUCUCUCUCUUCCUUCUCAUCACUCACUCUCAUUUAAUCCUAUGUUCAGACCAGCAAAACAACGACGUGGCAGCACUAAUAUCCUUCAAGCAGUCCUCCGUCGCCGCCGAUCCCAACCACCUCUUAACCAACUGGGUCUCCACCGCCGCCACCCCAUGUUCAUUCCACGGCGUCACCUGCUCUCCCCACCACCACCUCGGCCGCCGCAUCACCGCCCUCAACCUCACCAACUUCGGCCUCAUCGGCCGCCUCCACCUCGACCCACUCACCACCAUCCCCACUCUCACCCACCUCCUCCUCAGCCACAACUUCUUCUCCGGCAACCUCUCCACCACCACUUCAUCACCCUCAUCAUCAUGCAACCUCCUCAUCCUCGAUUUAUCCUUAAACAAUGUCACCGAUCUCCUCGCCGCCUCUUCUCUCCUCCACUCUUGUAACCGCCUCGCCUCUCUCGACCUCUCUCAUAACCAAAUUUCAGAUUCGUCAAUAUUGAAAUAUUCUCUCUCUAACUGCCUGAACCUGAAUUCACUAAAUUUGUCGUACAACAAGAUUUCCGGUAAUUUGGACAUGAGUAGUACUGGACCAUCAUCACCCUCAUUGCUUUGUACAAACUUCUCGAUUCUUGACCUCUCUAACAACCUCUUGUCAGGUGAAAUACCGGACUUGCCACAGUCAUUGAGUGUACUUGAUCUAUCAAACAAUAAUUUUUCGGGAAACUUUUCUAGUCUCCAAUUCGGAACCUGCCUUAAUCUCAUCAAACUAAAUCUUUCCCACAACAGCCUGUCCGGCACCGGUUUUCCUGCCAGCCUGGCAAACUGCCACCUUCUGACGAUGCUUGAUAUCGGGUACAAUGCGGUUCGAGGUAAGAUUCCCGGGGUUUUGUUAUCUAACUUGAAGAACCUGAGGGAGCUGUAUCUGGCCCGGAACCGGUUAUUUGGAGAGAUUCCACAAGAAUUGGGAGAAACUUGUGGGACACUUGAGGUUCUAGAUCUUUCUAGAAACUAUCUCACCGGUGGGAUUCCUCCGAAUUUCGCCACGUGUUCUUCGUUGAUUAGCCUCAACCUCGGCCACAAUCAGCUUUCGGGCGAUUUUCUCAGCACGGUAAUUAGUACUCUCAGAAGCCUCAAGUACCUUUCUGUCCAGUUCAACAACAUAACCGGGCCGGUGCCAGUGUCCGUGAUUAAUAGUACUUGGCUUCGAGUGCUGGACCUCAGUUCUAAUUCUUUUACAGGAAAUGUACCUUCUGGGUUUUGCUCAUCCACAUCGUCGGUUCUGGAAAAGCUGUUGUUGUCGGACAAUUAUUUGUCGGGGAGCGUGCCUUCGGAGCUCGGAAAGUGCAAGAAUUUAAGGACAAUUGAUUUGAGUUUCAACAACCUUGUUGGUGAAAUACCCAUUGAAAUUUGGAACCUUCCAAAUCUUUUAGACUUGGUUAUGUGGGCUAACAAUCUCACUGGAAAUAUUCCAGGAGGCAUUUGCAUCAAUGGUGGAAAUCUUCAAACUCUGAUUCUCAACAACAAUCUUAUUACUGGAUCACUUCCACUCUCCAUUGCUAACUGUACAAACCUGAUUUGGGUUUCACUCUCCAGUAACCGCCUCACUGGAGAAAUACCCUCGGGUAUUGGAAAUCUUCGUAAUCUUGCUGUUCUCCAAUUGGGUAACAAUUCGCUCACCGGGGAGAUACCUCGCGAAUUUGGUAAUUGUCGGAGCCUAAUUUGGCUUGAUUUGAACAGCAAUGGCCUAACCGGUCCCAUCCCACCGGAGCUUGCCAACAAUGCCGGGUUAGUACUUCCUGGAAUUGUUUCUGGGAAGCAAUUUGUUUUUGUGCGAAACGAGGGAGGGACAGCAUGUAGAGGGGCAGGAGGACUAGUUGAGUUUGAGGGGAUUCGUGCAGAAAGAUUGGAAAAUUUUCCAAUGGUACAUUCUUGCCCUUCGACUAGAAUCUACUCUGGUAUGGCGGUUUACACAUUUGAAAGCAAUGGAAGCAUGAUCUACCUUGAUCUCUCCUACAAUUCCUUGUUUGGAACUAUCCCGGAAAAGUUUGGUUCAAUGAAAUAUUUACAGGUCUUGAAUUUAGGGCACAACAAUCUAAGCGGAAAUAUCCCAUUCAGCUUAGGAGGUCUAAAAGUUGUCGGAGUUCUUGAUUUGUCUCAUAACAAUCUCCAAGGAUAUAUUCCAGGAUCUUUAGGGGACUUGUCAUUUCUCAGUGAUUUUGAUGUGUCUAAUAACGACCUCAUUGGGACUAUUCCUUCGGGUGGUCAACUCACUACUUUCCCAGCUUCCAGAUACGAGAACAAUUCGGGUUUGUGUGGGGUCCCCUUACCUCCUUGUGGCUCUGGAAAUGAACCACGCCUUAGGCCAGCGUUUCGUCGUCGAGGAAUUUUGAAGCAGGCAGUGACGGCAGAGAUGGUCAUUGGAAUUGGGGUAUCAGUUUUUUGUAUCGUCAUGCUCGUGCUGGCGUUUUGUAGGAUAAAGAAGCAUCAACAAAAAGCAGAGAAGAGAGGUAAGUAUAUCGAAAGCCUAACAACUUCUGGUAGUAGUAGUUGGAAACUAAGUGGUGUUCCAGAGCCUCUGAGCAUCAAUGUUGCGGCAUUUGAAAAGCCUUUGAAGAAGCUAACCUUCGCCCAUUUGCUCGAAGCUACCAAUGGUUUUAGUGCCGAUAGUUUGAUUGGUUCUGGCGGGUUUGGGGAGGUCUACAAGGCUCAACUAAGAGAUGGGAGUGUCGUCGCUAUCAAAAAGCUUAUCCAUGUCACGGGUCAGGGAGACAGAGAGUUCAUGGCAGAAAUGGAAACUAUAGGGAAAAUCAAACACCGAAACCUCGUCCCCUUAUUGGGUUACUGCAAAAUUGGCGAAGAAAGGCUUCUCGUGUAUGAGUACAUGAAAUGGGGAAGCCUGGAAUUUGUUCUACAUGAUAGUUCUAAAGUCGGGGGUUUAAAACUAGACUGGGCAGCAAGAAAGAAGAUUGCUAUUGGAUCAGCCAGAGGACUAUCAUUCCUUCACCAUAGUUGUAUCCCUCACAUAAUCCACCGCGACAUGAAGUCUAGCAAUGUUCUUCUUGAUGAUAACUUUGAAGCCCGGGUUUCUGAUUUUGGGAUGGCAAGAUUGGUGAACGCCCUCGACACUCAUCUCAGUGUGAGCACCCUGGCAGGGACUCCCGGGUACGUUCCCCCAGAGUACUACCAGAGUUUUAGGUGCACCGCGAAAGGGGAUGUCUACAGCUUUGGCGUCGUAUUGUUAGAACUUAUCUCUGGCAAAAGACCAAUAGACACUUCGCAGUUUGGAGAUGACAACAAUCUAGUAGGAUGGGCAAAGCAGAAACAGAAAGAGAAGAGAAUUCAUGAAAUACUUGAUAAUGAAUUGAUUUCACAUGAAUCUGCUGAUGACGCUGAGCUAUUACAGUGUCUAAGGAUUGCUUUUGCAUGCCUCGAUGACAGGCCUUUUCGGAGGCCAACUAUGAUUCAGGUGAUGACAAUGUUUAAGGAUCUUGGGGGAGAAUCAGAAAGUGAUACACUUGAUAGCAUCUCACUAAAAAACACAGCCAUCGAUGAACAACAAGAGAGAGAACCCUAGUUUUUUUUACGACAUUAGAGUUCACAGUAUUGUUAAGUUUGUCUUGACAGUUUGUUGUUACAGUUGUUGAUUGUUAAUGUUUGUAGAGAGAGUUGGGAAUUUGAGAAAAUUCAGAAUAGCUCUGAUUUUGUGAAGUUGUUUAGCAUUUUAGGCACUGACUUGUUUGAUAAUGGAAAUUAUAAUUGUAGCAACUAGGUUGUUUAAUUGUGAAUCUGUGAUGAUCACCCUUGUAUUUCUGCUAUACAAUUAUAUAU